AUGCACCUUGAGAUCAUGAUCUCAUCUCAAUCGGUUCGGAAAAAGCCACUGAUUCGUAUUAUAUAUGGUAAUUAUAAUACUAAUUUGACCCAAGAGUAUGGUCUGUCGGCUGCCGGAGCUGGCAACUUAAUCUUCCUUUGGUCGGCAGCUACCAAUUUCACUCCCAUUUUCGCUGCUUUCGUUGCCGAUUCUUAUGUGGGUCGCUAUGCCAUGAUUGGAUCUGGCUCCAUUAUCAGUCUUCUGGGAAUGAUUAUAUUAUGGUUGACAACCAUCAUUCCACAAGCAAAGCCUCGUUGCAGCAGCCAAUUUAACUGCAGGGGAUCCACAUCCCAACUUUUAUACCUUUACUUAAGUUUUGUGUUAAUGUCUAUUGGAGCUGGAGGUAUAAGAUCAUGCUUCGUUGCUUGUGGUGCGGAUCAAUUGGACAAUAGAUCAGAUGGCGACCCAGACUCCGUUGAAAAUGUUAACCAGUCCACAUCCAUCACCUUACAAAACUUCUUCACCUGGUACUACAUUGCAUCCACUGUCUCAUUUUACUUGGCUUCCCCUGUCUACAUCAAGUUCAAGGCUAACAAAAGUUUGCUCACUGGUUUUGCUCGAGUUCUCGUUGCCUCCUUCAGAAAUAGAGAUAUUCAAUUUUCAUCACCUAGGUCAAUGAAUAUUGAAACAAUUCAGUAUCAUAGUGAUGGAUCAUCAUCAUCAAUGUCAAGGCCAAGUGAAAACUUGAGCUUUCUAAAUAAAGCCUGCAUCGUACGAAAGCCUCAAGAAAACCUCAAACAAGAUGGAAUAGCUAAUUCUGAUCCAUGGAGUCUUUGCACAGUGAGUCAAGUGGAGGAGCGCAAGGCACUAAUCAGAAUAAUCCCAAUCUGGUCAACAGGGAUACUGAUGACGGUGAUGAUAAGUCAGGAGAGUUUUCUUGUACUAGAAGCAAUGACCAUGGAUAGGCAUAUUACUUCAAGCUUUGAAAUUCCUCCAGGAUCUAUAUCCAGCAUGUUUUCUAUGAUUGCUAUGAUAAUAUGGCUUGUGUUUUAUGAUCGUGUAAUUCUCUCAAUCGUGGAAAGUGUUAGGAGGAAAAUGGCAAUUCGACAAGGAUUUUCAAAUGAUCCAGAAGCCGUGGUGAACAUGUCGGCGAUGUGGGUAUUGCCACAGAACAUCCUUACCGGCUUCGGAAAGUCUACCAAUGCAGUCGCACAGAUGGAGUUCUAUUACUCAGAGUUGCCUAAAACCAUGUCUAGUAUAUCAUCUGCUCUGCUAGUACUUGGGAUGUCUGUUGGGAAUUUGGUUGCAAGUUUUAUUAUGAGUAUGGUGGAUGAUAUUACUAAAAAUGGAAAUGGAGAUAGUCGGGUUUCCAGCAAUAUCAAGAGGGGCCACUAUGAUUAAUAUUUUUGGCUUCUUGCUGGUUUGAGCUUUCUUAAUUUCUUGUAUUUUUUUGCUUGUUCUAAGGCUUAUGGUCCUUGUAAAGAAGAAGUGAAUAUGGAUUUAGGUGGAGAUGGGGUAAGUGAUGACAAUUAA